AUGAAGCUCAGGGUAAUCCAGAGGCAACUGCAAAGCUUGAGCUUGCGCAGAGCUCUCGAGGCGGAGGCGGCGCGCAAAACUAAGGCAGAGGCGGCCGCGAGGCAGGCCCGGUCAGAAAAGAACGUCCUUCAAGCGCGAGUCACGAGCUUAAGCAAGGAUCUUGCCAAAGCACAGAGCGAUCUAAAGGAGGCCAGGUCAGAGAACGAAGUCCUAGAAGCAAGGCUUUCAGCACUAGAGACGGUGACAGCGGAAAAGGAGAGGGAGGGCAAGCAGAGAGUGUCGGCUCUUGAGGAAUCUCUGAAGGGCUUCCGCGAGGCGGGCGGGCGAUGCGCGAAGGAGCGCGAGCGAUUCUGUUACGUACUCGCAUCCAACGGCCAGGAGGGCUCCGUUCCUUGGAGCGCCCUGGCGUCCGAUCCGGAGUCGCUGCUUCACAAGAUGUACUGCGGGGAGUGGGACUACGCGCGCGACGAGAAAGGGCGCGCGCUCGUCACCUGCCACCCGCAACGGUGGGCUGCCAUCAUAGAGCACCUGGCGACCGGAGCGGUUCCGGCGGAAUGGGAUCCGCAGCUCCUGGCGCAAGCGCGGCACUGGAACCUGCAGCGCUUGGUGGAAGGCCUCGAGGCUUCGAUUCCUGGGAUGACCGUUACGGCCGACCCAGACUCCAAGGGGUUCAAAGUCCGUUGCGUGUUUGCGUCCGUGAUGAAGGAACUGAGCAGUGGCGAGAAGCUGAUGAAGUAUACGUUUUCAGGGCCGCAGAAACGAUGGUGGGCCGUGAAAUUGACGGAAAAAGGCAUUUGCCUUGGUGCUGUUGCGCCUCCGCACGCUGGCAGUUCCAAGGUAAGCGGGUUACGAGAGAUCAGUGCAGUUCUGACGUUUCGAGUAGUUUUGCGGAAUGGAGACAUGGUGAAGAAAUCCGCAGACCCCGUCCUAUUUUCUGCCGGGAAAGAGGAGGAUCGGGGCUUUUUCUGGCAGAGAUGGGAGCACGACUUUCAUCACUGCCUGUUGGUGCAAGUUGCAGCGUCGAACAAGCAGUCGGCAGUCGCUAAAGCCCAGAGGCUGAGAAGCGCGGAAAACGCUGAGCUAGAGGCGCUUCGAACGGCUGUCGGCAGCUCGCGCAAAGCUCUCGAUGCGGAGGUGACGCGCGCGACGGAGGCAGAGGCGGCCGCGAAGCAGGCCCAGUCAGAGAACGAAGCCCUUCAAGCGCGAGUCACGAGCUUAAGCAAGGAGCUUGCGAAAGCACAGAGCGAUGUAAAUGAACUCCGGUCAGAGAACGAGGUUCUUCAAGCGACGCUUUCAGCGCUGGAGACGGAGGGCUCCGUUCCUUGGAGCGUCCUGGCGUUUGAUCCGGAGUCGCUCCUGUACAAGAUGUACUGCGGGGAGUGGGACUAUGCGCGCGACGAGAAAGGGCGCGCGCUCGUGACCUGCCACCCGCAACGGUGGGCUGCCAUCAUAGAGCACCUGGCGACCGGAGCAGUUCCGGCGGAAUGGGAUGCGCAGCUCCUGGCGCAAGCGCGGCACUGGAACCUGCGACGUUUGGUGGAAGGCCUCGAGGCUUCCAUCCCUGGAGUCACCGUCACAGCCGAUUCAGACUCCAAAGGGUUUAAGGCACGUUGCGUUUUUGUAUCCGUGAUGAAGGGACUGAGCAGUGGCGAGAAGAUUGCUAGUCUGGAUGAACGAGGCUCCUAA